AUAGGUGGUUGACCUUGGUAUGCAAAAUGAGUUAAUAUUAUUUAGAAAGUAUAAUAGUUUUCAUUCAAUCAUUACAGAGCGGGCCGAGUGGGUCUCCUGUUAAAUUUUAUAUCUGUUUUUUUUUUUUUUUAAAUGGCUCUUCUAAUCAAUUGCAUUUGUUUUCCCGCACCUCCAACUACUGAGCCUCGGAUAAUAACCCCAAGGAUGUCUGCGCAAGGCCUAACCUCUGAAGCUCAAUUGCGAUACCUUUUACAAUGGUUUGGAGAGUUUAGUGAACUACAGCGUGAAGAUUUUUUGCCGGUACUUGCUGCAUCACGAUCUGAUAACCCUGAACAAUUGGCCGCUACCAUGGCAAAUAUGACUUGUCAAGAUAAACCGGUCAGCCUAUUUCAGUGUCGAAUCAAACUAUUCAAUGAAUGGUUUCCAACUUGGUCUCGGGAAGAACAGGACAGAUUUGUCAAUAAAAUAUCUGAAAUAGACUCCGAAUUUGGUGAGAAACUUCACGAAAUAAUCACUGAUGGGCCUAAAGUUAAUGGAACUGAUGAACCUUGGAUCAAUGAGCAGAAUGUAGAACCCGAACGCGAGGAUCAGGUACCAGAAAACAUUCCUGUUGAAAUUGUAGCUGCUUCAUAAUCUCUAUUUUAUUUAUAUUACACGCAAGUAUUAUAUUGUCUCAAAUCAUAAUUGUGAAUCUCUUAAAAUUUUUUUUUUAAAUGAGCAUUUUUGUGUUAUAUAUCAUUUCCUGUAUAGGACAUUACCAUAACAAGACUUAGUAUUAACAAUUGUGCCCCAAAUUUUAAAAAUACUUAUUCCAGUUUGUAAACUCAAGCUGUAUCAUUCCAUUUAUGCAUAUUUUGUGAUUUUAAUAAUGCGGAUGUUUGUUGUUUUUAUACAUAUUUAUAAGAAUACUGAUUAUAAUUUGGUAAUCUUUUAAUAAAAUAAGAAUAGGAAAACAAGAAAAUAUUACAUAUAUAAAAGCACUCUAAUGAGUACAAAUGUUACAGUAUUUUUUUAUUAUAUUAUUUAUUGUUUUGCGUUUAUUUUUCUAAUGCACACAAUGGUUAUCGUUCCAGAACUUAAUUAUCUGUAAUAUGGACAGAUUAAAGUAGAAAUGAACCAUGAAUGUUAUUUUAACCGUACCUAAUAAUAUUUUUUUAACAUACAAUCAGUUUCACAUAUUUAGCAGCUGUUUUAAAAUAAGCACAAAAUUGUAUUGAUUAUGUUCUUAUUAAUAUUUUAUCGUGAGUUAUAAAAUAUUUAAGUCAGAUCUUAGUAAUUAGCGUUGAGAAUGUAGUAUUUUAUAAAAUAACAAAGCUGUAAAUGUACAUUGUGUAGCAAUGUAUGUUUGACAAUCAAAUUUUCUUUACUAAUGAUGAUCCAAGCUUCCCUAGUACUAGUGGCUAGUGGACAAGACUCCACAGUAAAUGCGUUAACUCAACACACAAUAAUAUUAACGAAUAUCUGCCAGGGAAAAGGAAAAUAAACACUAUUUUGUAAAAAUCGAAUCUGCAAACUUGUUUUUAGUAUAGUGUAUUUAGAGGUUUCACAGGUAGGUAUAAAUUUCUAAUACAAAGCACCUUACGUAAAUACAUGCCUGUUUGAAAGGUGUAAUAUCUUUUAUAUAUACGUGGCUUUUGUAGUUGCUCCUAAUUUCGUGUAUCACGAUAUUUUUGUAUAAUACGUAACAGAAGCCGUAUGCUGAGAACACAGUGAUUGAACAGUUGACAGUUAACCAAUAUGAUUUUGAUGGUUUUGAAGGGUUUACUUGUGACGUAAAAAUUAAAAACACGUGUGGCACUCGGGGACUGCCGCGGUAAAGCUAUUGCAUAGCAUUUUUUAUCAACUUCGGCAAUUAUAAUUAGCCAAUAAUAAUUUAAUAUUAAAACAAUAAUAAAAUAAGACCACACUAUAUUUAUAAACAUUAACAAAAUGGGCAGACUUUUCAUGAUGCGCAUACAGUGCGACGUCAGGCCGCGCGCUUUUUCACUAAUACUACACAAGCGCAACGUAUGAAUGUUACGCGAGCUACAUGGUAGGCGGAGUGGGGGUGUUAGGUUUUAUUUUCGUUACGGAAUUUCUUGAUUCGGUCGCCGCGCUCAAAGCCCGCGAUAAAAGCUAUGCAAUAGCUUAAAAAAUAUUUAGGUCUAAUUCAGUAAAUAUUAAUUAUCCACAAAAACCUUCUUUCGAUUAAACUACGACAUUCUCAACGCAUAUAUUUGAUUAUAAGUUUAUGUAUUAAUUUAUCGCAUAUAUUUAAUCUUUUAGACGCCACGAAUUCCACUUGUUCUUAGCUCCAGCUUGUUCUAUCUUCUUAGAAUAGUAUUCAAAUACCGACAAAAACUAAAUAAUGCAAAUAUGCAUCAAAUAACAGAAUUUUACUCAUUUUAAUUUUCUCCAUAUAAGUUGUUGUGGCCUAUAAGGACAAGGCGCUUGGCUAUAAUAGUACUGAACAAUGACACUAUGCCCAUGCUCAAAACACGCUGGCAGGGUCAUGUUUUUCCAAUGAUGAUGGUUAAAUAACAUCAUGUACUGAAAAUCAAACCUCAAGCCUCAAGUUGGGUGGCGAUAUUCACAAUAUGAUAUAUAUGGUCUUUGGUAACCAUUUAAGGCCAGAUGAACCGUGAACUCUUGAACUGAAAUAUACUAUAAAAAAGAAGAAAAAAAUCUCAUUUUUUUGCUGUCCUAGCACACAACUCCACAAUGACUAAUGCCUUCGCUUUUAUCUCGAUCGUAUUCUCAGACGAAUUUUGGAGCGCCUAUCGGUCUUCCCAAUAUUCUAAUAAAAACCAAAAAAUUAAUGUAUAUAAAUCUAUCUAUACAUUGUUAUUCCUAGAUCUGAGAGACCCAAAAUGAGUGCCAACUAUUUUAAUACAAAACUAAUAUUUAAUUCGUUACAUUCUCAAAUUGCAAAAUAAAGUUACAUUCCUUACAGUUUUGCUUUAUAGUUUAAAAAAAAAGAAGAUUGAUUUAGGUUUAAUAAACAUUUAUUGAUAUAUUUAUACUUUAUUAAAAAUAAAAUUUUUGUAGUAUACAAUAA